GUGUUUGGAACAGAUGGCCACGCGGUGAUGUCAGACGCUGUCAGAUGGUGAGGGUUGUGUAGACGCGGAUUUAAACAGGAAAGCGUGUGAAAGCUGCUGUCUGGCCCGCUCUGAGCGUCAUAGCCGUUUGUUCGGACAGCCAUCCAGAUCCUUUCAUAAUCCUUCUACGCUUGUUUGGGGGAAAAAGUUGGCAACUUGUGUCAUCAUUUAGACCUCGGAAUCCGUUUCAGGGUGCUUUGGAUCUCCAGAUGUGCGUUUCGAAUAAGGAUGCUAGAGCUACAUGAAGUGAACAAUACAAAAAUGCAUUCCUUGUAGAGAUGUACAACGACGAAGUUUACACAUUUCCCAUGAGAGCCUAAUCAUCCAUUUUGGAUCAGACUGUGGACUUUUGAGCCAGAAUGGCAGACCCCUCUAUGCUGGUGACAGAGGGGCUGAUGCCCACGCUGGCAUCAACAAACAGCUGUGUUCUGGAGGAGAGGAAGAAUUAUGAGGUCAUUCCUUCAAUAGCCUGCUCUGUGUGCUUUAUACUCGGCAUUAUCUACUGCUUCUGUGGGUACCGCUGUUUUAAACUAGUGAUGUUCCUGUCUGGGCUGGCGUUCGGGACUGGCGUGGGCUACCUGCUAUGUCUCCGGGAACAGCUGCUGGACUCACAGCUGGAUGCAGAGACACGAGCAGGCAUCUCUCUAGGCAUUGGCUUACUGGGAGGACUGGUGAGCAUACUGGUGCGCUGUGUGGGUCUGUUCCUCACUGGUCUCCACCUGGGCCUGCUGCUCUCCAUCACCGCUCUGCUGGCAGCAGGACAGUAUUACUCCGUUCUCAGUCCUAUCUGGGUGCCUUCAGGAACAUUACUUGGAACCGGCCUGUUCUUCGCUAUGCUGACACUCUGCUGGCAGAGAAGAAUGACCAUGGUGGCUACGGCAAUGCUCGGUGCUGCCAUCAUCAUCGCAUGUAUGGAUUACUGCAUAGAGACACCAAUGCUAGUGUGGAAGGCAUAUAUGGGGCUGCAGGAGAACCAAGAGAAGGUGCUGUGCUGGUACGGCUGGGUGAUGCUGGGUAUCUGGCCAGUUGUGGCAGCUCUGGGAUACCUGGUGCAGUAUAAAUUCACUGCUAAAGGAAUGUCACACACUCGAGUGAUUGUGGGUGGCAAACAAAAGCAAGUCCAGCUGCUGAAGAUCAGACAGCUUGAUGCACGCCGGCAUCCGGAGGGAAAAUAUCGCCGCAGACCUCCACUUCUUCAGCGCUACGCAGGAGAUGUGCUCGCUCCGAGCUACCUGGCGAACCUGCGCGAGAGACAGAUGAGCACAGGCUCGUCUGUGAGCAGUCUGAGCACCGUCUACCACACCAUGAUCGACUUUGACUAUGAGACAGGAUCCAUGGUGCCUCUCACGACGUCCUCGCCUGCAGUGAUCCGGGUGUGAAUCAACUCGGCAGCAUAUAUGCGCACACACACACACACAUGCACACACACACUUACUUGGGAAGAGAGUAGGUAAACAGACUGGAUGAGUGCACCAGAGAGUGUGUGUGUGUUGACUUUGAGUUGACUAAUAAAAAGUCUGCGGAGUCUACAGAACGCUGUACACUGGAUCUUCUCAGGACUUUUAAAAGCACGCACACUCUAACACUCUAAAGUCUUAACUUGUUACCUUGACACAACCGUUUUAGCACUAAGUAAUAAAUGACACUAAUUUGCAUUUAGCUUUAAAAGAAACAUACUGACCCACCACAUCAGCCUGAAGUACUUUCUAAUGAAUCUAAUUAGUUCCUCCCAAAUAUAAAGAAACUGUUAUUUAAAUCACAAGCAAAGGAUAAAGGAGUAAAUGAAGAUAAAUGAAAGGAAUAAACGUAUGCCAAGUAAAUGUAUUGCCAGACAGCACUGCCCUGCAUCCCUUAUUCUCCCCUGUUAAUCUACAUGGCCUUUCUUCGUCCUACCAGCUUCAGAUCUGACGGCCUGCUCGACCUGCAUGAGAGUAAAAAGCUCCAUUUAAACACCAAGUGGGGCAUAUCAGAUUCACCUUAUGAUGCAAAACUAUUAUUCCGACUGCUGUGUUCAUAUCAAGGCUGAAUGUACAUUUUGGUUUAUGUACUGUUUUUAAAAAAUGUUUUAAUUAAGGUUGGGGGUGUGUAGGGCUUAAAGGAAAAUCGGGAAAACCCAUUUAAGCACUUCAGUAAUGUACAGUACCAACCAAAAGUUUGGACACACCUUCUAAUUGAAUUUUUUUCCGGUUAGAAUUUUGUAUGAAAUUAAGUAAAAAAAAAAAAAAAAGAAUUAGUAUUUUCAAGUGCAUUCGAAAAACCCAUUAACCACCAUAAUGAAAAGCAAGACCAAAAUUUACAUUUGUUAACUUAUAGCUAACUAGCUAUAUAUAAGUGCACAAAUCUCAAUAUCAACUUUUCAAAGGAGAUUAGAGGGUGUGUCCGAACUUUUGACUGGUACUCCAAAGGUAGUCUAAUCCUUACAGGAUCUUAGUAAACAUUCACCAUCUGACAUCUACACACUAUAUCUCCGACCUCAGCUGUGGAUAAGGUGCUUUAUGAUCACAUUUAUUUGCUGUUUCUUUCUCAUGCUCGCUCUCGUGGGAACUGUUUGAAUUUACACAACUGUUUUUCUUAGGAAUCGUAUAGAUAUACAGUAUGUAUUCCAUUAGAGCAAUUUGUUAGGCAGACAAAUAAAACUGUGCUGUUCGUGUA